AUGGCUGUCGCAGUUGAUCAACAUGACGGAAUCAAGCCAUUAAGCAAAUCCCUGACAUGUAGAUUACAAUCCUACACCCAUCUUGAUUACAACAUAUUUUCCUCCUCCUUUAAAAAUACAUGCGGAGUUGCAAACAUUCACAAAAGCUUUUCCACCCCAUGUCUCUCCCGAACUAGUGCAUUGGAGGAAGACUUUGAUACUAAUCCAAGAAUUGAGAUUGUUGGUGGUAGCAGAGUUCCUAGGGUACAUGCUCUUGUAGUUGAGGUCGCCAUAGCUAUGGCUUCUGGUGCUGAUCUAUUGCCAGUGCCAAGUGGACUAGGAGGGGCCUACUUCUUAUGUAGUCGAAAUGGUGACAAUAUUGCUGUAGCAAAGCCCAUAGAUGAAGAACCCUUAGCCUUUAAUAAUCCUAAAGGCUUCGGAGGUAGGAUGCUUGGCCAACCUGGUUUAAAACGCUCAGUUCGGAUUGGUGAAUCUGGAGUUCGAGAAUUGGCAGCUUACCUCCUUGACCAUGGUGGUUUCGCUGGUGUUCCUCCAACCGCUUUAGUAAAAAUUUCUCAUGUUGCAUUCCGUGUUAAUAAUAAUUCAGCUGCAAUUUCAACUACACCCUACAAGAUUUCUUCUCUUCAGCGCUUUGUAGAUCAUGACUUUGAUGCAGGAGAAUUGGGUUUUUCUGGCUUCUCAAUAGCUUCAGUUCAUCACAUUGGAAUUUUUGACGUAAGAGUGCUAAAUCUUGAUAGGCACGCAGGUAAUAUGCUUGUUAAUAAGUAUGAGCAUAACAAUUAUACCGUUGGUGUGGCUGAGCUUGUGCCUAUUGACCACGGGCUUUGCCUUCCUGAGUGGCUUGAUGAUCCAUACUUUGAAUGGUUGCACUGGCCUCAAGCUUCAGUUCCAUUUUCUGAGUCCGAGAUCGAGUACAUAUCCAAUCUUGACCCAUCUAAAGAUGCGGAGCUUCUACGAACUCAAAUUCCUUCUUUACGUGAGGCUGCUGUCCGUGUUCUUGUGCUUUGCACCAUCUUCUUGAAGCGGGCUACAGCAGCUGGGCUUUGUCUUGCUGAUAUAGGUGAAAUGAUGACUCGACAGUUUUGUGCUGGCGAAGAAAGAUUGAGUGCAUUAGAGAAUCUUUGCUUACAAGUUAAAGCUACAAUGUCGGGUACAAAUGACAAAAAAACAGAAACAACCAAAGGAGGUGAAAUAUUUCAAUUCCAGAGUGAUACCAAGGAAAGUUUUGAUGAGAGUUUUGAUCUUCCUCGACUCUUACAGAUUUAUCCUGGAAUGUCAAGGUUUUCAUCAGUGGGAUCAAUGCCCGAUGCAUAUAUCUAUCAAUUAUUUAAGGAACGCAAUCGUGACAAUGAUGAUUAUGAUAUGAAAGGCAAUAAUGCUUAUGUUGGUGGUAGUACUAGAGAUUGUCAUAAGGUAGGGGGUUUGAUGGAGAGCGUGAGUUUCUCAGUAAAUAACUUCAAUUGUGAAACAGGGGCAAUAUCUUUCGGAGACAUGAGUAAAGCUGAAUGGGCUUUGUUCUUGGACAAUUUUGAAAAGCUUUUGCCCGGCAUCCUCAAGGGCACAAACUACUUGAGCUUGAGGACAACAUUGAAAACUUCCUGCAAGUUUUGA